ACCACGUCGCGUCGCGCGCCGUGGCGCAAACUGACAGAUUGAAUGAAUUUUUUAAUAUUAUAUUAUCUUUGGACUACUAAAACGCUCCAUUCAUAUUAAAUCUGUGAACCAAAUCAAAUGUCAAUUGUCAAAUUUGAUUGAUUUGAUUAAAAUCUCUGAGAAUUAAUUUUAUUUCACAGAAAUCGUGUGACGCUUUAAUAAUAUGCAGUGAAGACGAUCUAAAAUAAUUUGCAAAUUCACAAACGGAUUCCAGUGCUAUAACAUAAUUUAUAUUGAUACUAACAUUAUUUCGUGAAGUGCUAUUAUCGCAAUCUGCGACAAUGAAAGUGUGAUCCUUUUGUCUUCUGUGCAAUUUUUCGUUUUUAAUCAUUUUAUGUAAAAAUACAUUUCAGUCAACCAAGUAUUACUUUGUUGCCAACAUGUGUGGAGGAUUUACUUGCAGCAAAAACGCACUCAUUGCGUUAAAUGUAUUGUAUGUGGUGGUUGCAUCAAUUCUUAUAACAGUAGCAGUGUAUGGGCAAGCUUCUUCACUAGUGGUUCCCAAUUUGCCAAUAGUGGGAGGUAUACUGGCAUGUGGAGUCUUCCUGAUAUUAAUAUCCAUACUCGGCUUGGCUGGGGCAGUAAAGCAUCAUCAAGUUAUGCUGUUCUUUUACAUGGUGAUUCUGUUUCUCUUGUUCCUGGUACAGUUUUCAGUGGCAUGUGCUUGCCUUGCAGUCAAUUCUGAACAGCAAGAGUUACUGGCUGAACAGGGUUGGAAUAAAGUGGGUUUGGAUGUCAAGGAGCAGGUUCAAGAAAGAUUUCAGUGCUGUGGUUUUAAGACAAGGGAACGCAAUGCAACUGUAGAUUUUCCAAUUUGUGACCUUCUUGAUAGGACCUGCUGCCAUAAUGAAAUGGUAACUCCUGAUUGCUGGUGCAAGCCCUGUAUGAAGAAGUUGAAAGAAACAAUUGAUUAUGCCUUCAAGCUAUGUGGUGGAAUUGGUUUAUUCUUCAGUUUCACUGAGUUUCUCGGUGUUUGGUUGACCGUAAGAUAUCGUAACCAAAAGGAUCCGCGAGCUAACCCCAGUGCAUUUCUGUGAAUUGACGGACUUUAUGGACUCACAGCAUUAUGUUACUUGAGUUAUUUGCUGUUUGGCUCGCCCGCCGCUACCGCAACCAGCCCGACCCUAACUACAAGGAGCCUCACGCCAUCUUCCCUAGGAAAAACUACCUUUAUUAAGUAUCAUUAAUUUCCGAGACUGUCUUAUGAUAAGUCUCAAAUGUUUACCUCAAUGCGGUAUCUGUAAUGAUAUAUCAAACAAAAGAUAUGCGUAUCAGUGUGGUCUCCUGUGUAGAUAAUAACGUUUCAAAGAUAAACUGACUAGUAAAUAAGAUAGAUCUGUUGAACUUGAACUGUUGAUAGGGGGUGUAUAGCUAGAUUUUACGCGUAGUACAGCUUGUGUAUUUUCAGCCAUAUUCCUAAAAUUAAUUUUUCAGUUGAGGGAAACAUUGAAAGUUUGUAAGUAUGUAGAUGAAACUAUUUUGUAAACAAUUUUCUCUAUCAUCUAUAACUAUUUAAUAUUAUUCUUUUAUAUUAAUGUACUUGAGAACAUAGCAUAUGGUCGUUGAUAUAUUUAUAAGGAUAGCACUGUAACUGUAGAUAUCCUUUCUUGAAAAAAAUAAUGAAUUUAUCAAUUUUACUAAGAAGUAGUAACACUCUUUCAUUUGGUUUACAAAUUAUCUAAUUGGUUUAAAUUAAAUUUAAAUUAAAGAAAUUACGUAUGGUAGGAAAGAAUCCUAUCUUAUUUAUUAAUCAGUUCUUUGGUUUUUAUUUUAGAAAAUAAUGUUUACUUUAAGUAGGAAAUUGACAAAGACAAGAGGUUAUGACUUAUGAUUUUAUUAGUAGGAACAUUCCUUGAAUCUUGUUUUAUAUAUAGAGGCUUGAAUUAGUUUUUUAACUAUUUAUGUUUUAUGAACCUUGGAAGUAAGUCACAUAGAACUACGAGGAUAUAUUUAACAAAUGAAUAAAUAGAGAUCUCGUGGAUUUGUUCAUGCGUUUGUUCACCUACUAGUCAAUAGUUAUAUUGUUAGAAUUAAUCAGCUAGGAUUUUAACUUUUUUUCUUGCAUGCAUUGCUUAAUAAAUUAAUCGUCUGUACUCUACUUCUAGGCCAAUCGAACAGUCACAAAAAAGCUCGAGCAAUUUUAAGAUCAUACCUUUUAUAAGCCAGCUUUAUAUUAAUUUGUCUCUGAAAGUGACUUUUGGAAUACAUUUAUAUUUUUUUCUUACUGGUACAGUUCGACAGAAGAAGAGAAUGGGAUUUGACGAAUGACAAUUUGUCGUAGACUCUUGACUAUUAUUUGAAUGCUUAAAAAGAUACAAAUUACUUAACCUGGGUUGCACCAUCUUACCUUUAAAAAAUGAAUUUUAGUCCUGUGUACAGCUACAUUCGUAGUCCGCAAUCUCUUAUGUUGAAUGGUGUGGUGAUAUUGCCAUUUUGUAAAUUAUACUUGUCAUGUUAAAUUAUGGAAAAUAAAUUUUGAGACUUAUUGUAUUUAAAAUUAAGUAAAUAAUUUCUUCUUCGUAGGUUUGCUUCUUACUACAAUUAUACGUAUGUUAGUUAUCCACUAUGUAAAUCGAACUAUAACUACAUUUACUUGAAUUGAAUGUUAGCUUAGCCAAAACUCUUGAUACUCGAUUAAAUUGACUAAUUGGUCAUCCAAACAGGUUGUAUUUUAUCUUACUCAAGUUCCACGUGCUUAUGGUUGAUGACAGUUUUUAAGCAGUAUUUCCAUGAAUUAGCCAAAAAAAUAUGGUAGUUAAUAAUACCUUUGAAUUUAAAUGUUUAGCGCUCCUCAUAAUUAUGGAAUAGAUUCUAAGAACUUUUCUCGUCAAGAUACCCCGUGUGUGCCCUUUCAGCUUUAAUGCCUCUACUUUAAUUGUAUCAAAUCCAGUUUAGUUAUAGGAAACUAUGUAGAAUAGUGGUACUUUACUCUUUAUUAGAAAUUUAUUUUGGUAAGAAUUAUACAUUUCUACAUAUUUUAUUGCAAACUUAUGUUUGUGUUACAGGAUAUUUAUUAGGUUUAAGAUUUUUAUCGUUUUUACUUCAUCGUAACUAAGUACACUACCAUAAAUAUGUCAGUUAAGUUCUUGAACCAGUUAUAUAUUUUACUGCUUAAAUUGUAUUCAUUAAUUGACAUGUAGUAUUUGUAGCAUUAUCUGUAACAAAGGAAUUCUACAUCAUCAUCUUAAAUGUACUGAUAACCAUAUGUUUAUUGAAAUUAAAGUGUGAAAGCAUGA